GCAUAACUGGAUGUUAGAACAAUAAUUACUUAGGCUAACUACCACUAAUCUUAAGAGAGGAGCGUCUAACCAAAACACACCCACUUUCCGUGAGAGAAUGUUGCAGUUCCCGGGAUUCAUGACGGAAUACCCAUGGUCCACGACCAAGAUUCCGACGUCUUUUUUGCUGCCAUCCCAAUGGCCUCAACCCCAAAGCGAAGAACUCCUCCUGGCCAUGGAAGAGUCCGAAUAUGAGGACAAGCUGAAUGAAAUCAGAAAGACUAAUAACAACCUGGUGGUGAUUGGGAAAACAACAAAUGACAAUGAUAAAGAAGACUACGAUAAUGAUGCGGACGAUGAUGAUGCUGACAAUGCAGAGGAAUCGGAAGGUGAAGAAUUCGAGCAAGAAACUGGUUGAAUAUCCUUCAUUCAAAGACCUGCAUAAUGCACAAUGUGUAAGUGAGCUUUUAUUUCUCUUGUACUUGGCUCCUUGUUUCUGUAAAAAGUUAUGCUUGGCCUUUUUUUCCCCAGAGAGAAUGAUAAUGCUUAGGCCUGCGACUCUUAUAUUAUAUCUUAAAUUGUUCAAGCAAGAGAAAUUUAAACAUUUUAUCUGA